AUGGCCGACUCAUCUAGGCUAUCAUUUCAAUCAGCCACCACCGCCAACAAACUUGCGGAAAACUCAACUAUCACUCUCGACAACAAGGUCGACCCAGACUCACAUCUAGUGCUCUUCGAUCAGGGUGACCCAGCCAAUCCAAAGAACUGGUCUGUUGCAAAAAAGUGGUACCUCACUGCCGCUGCUGGUCUCCUGGUCCUCAAUGCCACCUUCUCGAGUAGUGCCCCAUCUAUGCUACUACCCACUUUCAUGGAGGAAUUUGGCGUGUCAGAGGAGGUUGCAACGUUGACUGUUUCGCUUUUCGUGUGCGGUUACUGUGUUGGCCCUUUGCUUUGGGGGCCGUUGUCCGAACAGUACGGACGACGCCCAAUAUUUAUAAUAUCUUUUUUCGUAUACAUGUGUUUCCAAAUUGGCUGCGCUUUGUCCCAGAACAUCACAUCCAUGUUGAUUUUCCGUUUCAUUGGGGGUACAUUUGCAGCUGCCCCAUUAGCAAAUUCAGGCGCGCUCAUAUCGGACAUCUGGGACGCAAAGCAACGCGGCACUGCUCUCGCCGUUUUCACUGUGGCUCCGUUUGCUGGUCCAGGUGUUGGGCCAGUAGUAUCAGGAUACCUUGUUCUAGCUGGUGUAUCAUGGCGCUGGCUUUUUUGGAUAUUGACUAUCUUUGCAAGUCCUGCUGGCGUCUGCUGGUUGCAGAUCAUUUUCACGAUGCCCGAGACAUAUAGUCCAGUGCUUCUUGCCAAGAGAGCUAAAGAGAUCCGGAAGCGCACUGGAGACGAUAAAUAUUAUGCUGCCACUGAAUUACAACGGAUAACAUUCUCACAGCGCAUAGAAAACAUUCUUGCUCGGCCUUUCAAGGUUCUCUUUACUGAGCCGAUGAUGAUUGCUAUAACUCUGUACAUGAGCUUUGUCUAUGGCUGUAUAUACCUACUCUUCGAGGCCUAUCCCGUGGUUUUCACCGAGGGUCACAACUUGAAUGCGGGUGUUUCUGGACUCGUGUUCCUUCCGCUACCCAUUGGCGGGUUUCUUGCGGUUGCAACGUACAUUCUCUUUUUUAACCCAAGUUACGAGCGCAAAGCUCAGGAAUGCGCACCAAACCCUGUGCCGCCAGAGUUUAGAUUGAGGGUCGCCAUGGUCUCAGCGCCAUUCCUUGUUAUAUCGUUCUUCUGGUUUGCAUGGACGUCCUUUCCUAGCGUCUCGAUAUGGGCCCCGAUGCUGUCGGGUGGAUUGCUCGGAUGGAGUAUUUGCUUGAUAUUCCUUGCCCUGAUUAACUACAUCAUCGAUGCAUAUUUGGCUGUCGCUGCCUCGGCGCUAGCUAUAGUUACUGUCGUUCGUAGUCUGUUCGGCGCUGGAUUUCCUCUCUUCGCCACUCAAAUGUACGAUAGGCUCGGCCCGGAAUGGGCUUCGUCACUACUUGGUUUCAUCGCUCUGCUUAUGAUGCCAAUUCCCUUCGUCCUGUCAAGAUAUGGAGCAACAUUGAGAUUCAAGUCGAAAUAUGCUCCUUCCGGACCCCUACCUUCAAGCUCGCCGGCAUAA